AUGUCGGAUAAUGUGAUUUCACUAUCUUUACGCUGCCAUUUUCUUUCAGGUGAAGGAGUGGCUGUGUCUGAACUGCCAGAUGAAGAGAAUGGAACCCCCAGGACCUGCCAUGAUGAAACCCCAACCCUCUCCAAAUAAAGGUUCUGCACCUCAGAAGGCCACUGUCACACCCAUCGCCACCCAAAAGAAAGACACUCCAACACCAGGCUCCCCCCAGAGAAAACCUGCUACAUCAGCAACACAGCCACUCAAGGCAGAGGCUGCUAGAGCAGCAGACCCUCACAAACGGGCCAGCCCAGCGCCUGCUCAGAAGGCACCACAGGAGAACCGGAGAACAUCAGGGCCUCAGGAACCACCAGAGCAGCCAGGCCAACCUGGUCAUGAGCAGAGUAAUGCCACCCCGUCCACACAGCAGGUGCCUGGGAAGCCUCAGCAACAACCUCCAAAAGGUGGGACAUCUCCUGCCAAAGCUGUGCCACCACUACAGUCCCAGCCCCCCAAGCAGGAGUCAGGGGGCUUCUUUGGUGGCUUUGGUGGUCCUAAAUCUCAGUCUACCUCAAAGCCUGAAGAUUCAGUGUCUGGGAAGAUGUUUGGCUUUGGCUCCUCCAUCUUCAGCUCUGCAUCCACUUUGAUCACCUCAGCUGUUCAGGAUGAGCCCCACAUCACACCACCAGCUUCCCCCAAGGUGUCUGCAGCAGCCCAGGCCUCUCCUAAGAUGCCCCCUGUAAAGGAGACCAAACCACCUGCUGCUCAGAAAGCGGAGGAGAAAGCAGAGCAACCCCAGCAGGCUGCAGUCCCCCCAUCAGUACAGGCCAAAGUGGACAAACCCCCAUCAGAGCCUCCAAAGGGAGCAGCAUCCUCCCAACCAGCUCCCAAAGCAGGACAGUCCACCUGCCCACUCUGCAAGGUGGAACUCAACAUGGCCUCCAAAGACCCUCCCAACUACAACACCUGUACCGAAUGCAAGAACACGUUCUGCAACCUCUGUGGAUUCAACCCCAUGCCAAAUGUUACUGAGGUAAGAUAGACUUAAUAUCACUUAAUUACUGUGUUAAUAAAUCAUUACUGAUGUAUUAUUAGACAAAGACAACUUUAUUUUUAGAAAAGUUCAGUGAGCUAAAAGUCGGAAGUUUACAUACACUAAGUUGACUGCCUUUAAACAACUUGGAAAAUUCCAGAAAAUGAUGUUAUGGCUUUAGAAGCUUCUGAUAGGCUAAUUGACAUAAUUUGAGUCAAUUGGAGGUGUAGCUGUGGAUGUAUUUCAAGGCCUACCUUCAAACUCAGUGCCUCUUUGCUUGACAUCAUGGGAAAAUCAAAAUAAAUCAGCCAAGACCUCAGAAAAAAACUGUAGACCUCCACAAGUCUGAUUCAUCCUUGGGAGCAAUUUCCAAACGCCUGAAGGUACCACGUUCAUCUGUACAAACAAUAGUACACAAGUAUAAACACCAUGGAACCACACAGCUGUCAUACCGCUCAGGAAGGAGACGUGUACUGUCUCCUAGAGAUGAACGUACUUUGGUGCGAAAAGUGCAAAUCAAUCCCAGAACAACAGCAAAGGACCUUGUGAAGAUGCUGGAGGAAACGGGUACAAAAGUAUCUAUAUCCACAGUAAAACAAGUCCUAAAUCGACAUAACCUGAAAAGCCGCUCAGCAAGGAAGAAGCCACUGCUCCAAAACCGCCAUAAAAAAGCCAGACUACGGUUUGCAACUGCACAUGGGGACAAAGAUAGUACUUUUUGGAGAAAUGUCCUCUGGUCUGAUGAAACAAAAAUAGAACUGUUUGGCCAAAAUGACCAUCGUUAUGUUUGGAGGAAAAAGGGGAACGCUUGCAAGCCGAAGAACACCAUCCCAACCGUGAAGCACGGGGGUGGAAGCAUCAUGCUGUGUGGGUGCUUUGCUGCAGGAGGGACUGGUACACUUCACAAAAUAGAUGGCAUCAUGAGGAAGGAAAAUUAUGUGGAUAUAUUAAAGCAACACCUCAAGACAUCAGUCAGGAAGUUAAAGCUUGGUCGUAAAUGGGUCUUCCAAAUGGACAAUGACCCCAAGCAUACUUCCAAAGUUGUGGCAAAAUGGCUUAAGGACAACAAAGUCAAGUGGCCAUCACAAAGCCCUGACCUCAACCCUAUAGAACAUUUUGGGCAGACCUGAAAAAGCAUGUGCGAGCAAGGAGGCCUACAAACCUGACUCAGUUACACCAGCUCUGUCAGGAGGAAUGGGCCAAAAUUCACCCAACUUAUUGUGGGAAGCUUGUGGAAGGCUACCCAAAACGUUUGACCCAAGUUAAACAAUUUAAAGGCAAUGCUACCAAAUACUAAUUGAGUGUAUGUAAACUUCUGACCCACUGGGAAUGUGAUGAAAGACAUAAAAGCUGAAAUAAAUCAUUCUCUCUACUGUUAUUCUGACAUUUCACAUUCUUAAAAUAAAGUGGUGAUCCUAACUGACCUAAGACAGGGAAUUUUUACCAUGAUUAAAUGUCAGGAAUUGUGAAAAACUGACCUAAAUGUAUUUGGCUAAGGUGUAUGUAAACUUCCGACUUCAACUGUAAUCUCUACACGGAUAAUCUUAGUCAUUUUGAAAUUAUAAUGUUAUCUUUUAGAUUUGAAAUGUCUGUUCAUUUCGAGCAGUGUAUUUCAGUUCCAGAAAUAACCUUUAGACAUUGCACUGUUGGUCGGUUCAUUACUUGUUCAUUCUCUCUUCGUACAAAUAGAAACAACUUGUCUGACAUGGUUUUAGCCUGCGUGGAUAGAUUGGUAUUUUACAUUACUGAAGAGAGACAAUGCAAAGUCUCAAUUGUAGUGGUUAUGGCUAUUCAUUUCCUGACUUGUUCUUGACUCAUAUUAAUUCUACCAACAGUGGCAUUGUACUAUAGGGAAUAGAAGUGGAAGUUCACAUGGUUCAAAUACUUCUCUUUUACAGUGUGCUUUGCACAUAUGCAAUACACCUAAUACUUAAACUGCAAGUCAUGUUGAAGCUCAGAACAGCAACAGUGAUGUAUCACAGAAUGCUGGAUGAUUUAUGUCUCAGAGAGUAAGGGGUAAUGUCUGAUGAUAUCACGGCAGAAACAUUUGCUUGUGCUGCUUUCCAUCAUGCAGAUGUAGAGCUGUAUAAGAAAUUGAUUCAGUUCUGUAAUCCUCUCACAAUGUAAAAAUGUUUCAGGUGAAGGAAUGGCUGUGUCUGAACUGCCAGAUGCACAGAGCACUUGGAGGAAUGGAACCUCAAGGACCUACCAUGAUGAAACCUAAGCCUUCCCCCAACAAAGACUCUGCUCCUGCUGCUUCUCAAAAGAGAGACACUCCAACACCAUCUGGUCCCCAAAAAGUAGCCACUGCACCAGCCUUACCCAAAAAGGAGCCAGUGACUCCAGCCUCCCAGCCUGUCCCCUCAAAACCUGAAGAGUCAGUGUCUGGAAAGGUGUUUGGCUUUGGUUCCUCCAUUUUCAGCUCUGCAUCCACUUUGAUCACCUCAACUGUUCAGGACGAGCCCCACACCACACUGCCAGCUUCCCCCAAGGUGUCUGCACCUGUUGCACCUCAAAAGAAGGAAACUCCCACACCAACUGGUGCCCAAAAAGGUGCAUCAACACCAUCAUCACCCAAAAAAGAGGCUCAAACACCAGCCACAGCCCCAAAGAAGGACAUCCCAAUGCCAGGCUCCCCCCAGAGAAAGCCAGACUCCCCCGCAAUGACUGCAAAGCAGGACCAGAAAUCUGCAGGUCCUCUAAAUCCAGGAGACCCAUCAGGGGCUAAGCAGGGGAGUGCUGCACAACCACAGCAGCAGCCCCCACAGCAGAAGACUCCACAAGUCCAGCCUCAGCAGACCCCAGCAAGUGCACUGAAAGCAGAGCCUGGGAAGCCUCAGCAACAGCCUCCUAAAGUUGGAACCUCUCCAGGACCUGCUCAGAAGGCACCACAGGAGAACCGGAGAACAUCAGAACCUCAGAAACCACCACAGCAGCCCAGCCUUGGGCGUAGGCAGAGUAGUGCCAUUCCAUCAAUACAGCAACACCCCAAGCAGGAGUCAGGAGGCUUCUUUGGCUUUGGUGGUCCCAAAUCUCAGUCUAACCCCUCAAAGCCUGAAGAGUCAGUGUCUGGGAAGAUGUUUGGCUUUGGCUCCUCCAUCUUCAGCUCUGCAUCCACUUUGAUCACUUCAGCUGUUCAGGACGAGCCCCACACCACUCUGCCAGCUUCCCCCAAGGUGUCUGCACCGGCCUCUCCCAAGAUGCCCCCUGCAAAGGAGACCAAACAACCUGCUGCUCAGAAAGCAGAGGAGAAGAAAGCAGAGCAACCCCAGCAGGCCAAGGUCCCCCCAUCAAUACAGGCCAAAGUGGACCAACCCCCAUCAGAGCCUCAAAAGGGAGCAGCAUCCUCCCAAUCAGCACCCAAAGCAGGCCAGUCCACUUGUCCACUCUGCAAGGUGGACCUCAACAUGGACUCCAAGGACUCUCCCAACUACAACACCUGCACCGAAUGCAAGAACACUGUCUGCAACCUCUGUGGAUUUAACCCCAUGCCACAUGUUACAGAGGUAAAUAAAAUUGCAAUCAUUAUAGCAAGCAAGUCAUAUUUUAUGUUCUUGUUUGCUUAAAUUGUUUCAGAAAUAUCCAUUGAGAACAGUCUGUUAUUUUCAGUUUGAUUAUCAUAGUUUACACUUAUAUUAAAUGUGACUGAAUUAUUUUUUUCAGGUGAAGGAAUGGCUGUGUCUGAACUGCCAGAUGCAGAGAGCACUUGGAGGAAUGGAACACCCAGAACCUCCCAUGAUGAAACCCCAUCCCUCGCUCAGCAAAGUUUCUACACCUGUUGCACCUCAAAAGGAGACUCCGGCAUCUCAAAAGGAAAAGGCGACUGCCAUACCUGCUGUAGCUCAGAAGAAGGCCGCCUCCACACUCCAAAAAGAGGAGACAACCACACUUGCUGCACCACAAAAAGAGACUCCAUUACCAGCCUCAUCCAAAAUGGGGGAGACAUCAGUUACAGCUAUAAAGCAGGACACUCCAACACCAGAGUCACCACAAAUGAAAAGGGAUCCUACACCACCAGGUGUGUCUGUAACAGAUGAGGUCCCAACCACAGCUUUACCUGUGAAGAAGGAGGUUUCUGCCUCUGCCCUUAUGAAGGAGGAACCAACUCCUGCCUCAGCUCUCACCAAGGUGGGACCAACUUCUGCCUCCCCUCUCAUCAAGGAGGCACCAACUCCUGUCUCAGCUCUCACCAAGGAGGCACCAACUCCUGCCUCAGCUCUCACCAAGGAGGUCCCUGUUUCACUUCUCACUAAGGAGGCACCAGCCCCAGCCUCACCUCAAAAUAAUAAGGAACCUAUACUACCAGGGUCACAAGACAGAAAGGUGGCCCCAACACCAGGUUCAACCCAAGAUAACGAGGCUGUACAAUCAGGUUUACCUCUGAAGAUGGAAGCACCACCUUCGACAGCAGUAGAGACUAAAGAGGUGCAACUUCCAGCUGCAAUACAAAGCAAUGAGGCACCUGUUCCAGAUUCACUCAAAACAAAAGAGAUUACAACAGUUGACUCCGCACUGAAAAAAGAGGCUUCAUCUACAGAGAUCUCAAUUGACAACCAGAAACCUGCAAUUGUUCAAAAGUCGAUGGAGCCACCAGCCACACCUACAAACAAGCAGAAUGAGGCUGUUCAACCCUUACAGCAGCCAGAAAAGCAAAUGCCUGCGCAGGAACAGCCAGCUACACAACCUCCGGCACAAGUACAGCCCCAGGAAGCUCCAAAGCCAGAUCCCAAAAUCACUCCCCCAAAGCAGGAGCUUGGGAAACCAGCCAGCCCAGCAUCUGCUCAGAAGGCACCAGAGAACCGGAGAACAUCAGAACCUCAGAAACCACCACAGCAGCCCAGCCAGCCUGGGCGUAGGCAGAGUAGUGCCAUUCCAUCCACACAGCAACACCCCAAGCAGGAGUCAGGAGGCUUAUUUGGCUUUGGUGGUCCUAAAUCUCAGUCUACCCCCUCAAAGCCCGAAGAGUCCGUUUCUGGGAAGAUGUUUGGCUUUGGCUCCUCCAUCUUCAGCUCUGCAUCCACUUUGAUCACUUCAGCUGUUCAUGACGAGUCCCGCACCACACCGCCAGCUUCCCCCAAGGUGUCUGCACCGGCCUCUCCCAAGAUUCCCCCUGGAAAGGAGACCAAACCACCUGCUGCUCAGAAAGCAGAGGAGAAGAAAGGAGAGCAACACCAACAGGCCAAGGUCCCCCCAUUAUUACAAGCCAAAGUGGACAAACCCCCAUCAGAGCCUCCAAAGGGAGCAGCAUCCUCCCAACCAGCUCCCAAAGCAGGCCAGUCCACCUGUCCACUCUGCAAGGUGGAACUCAACAUGGGCUCCAAGGACCCUCCCAACUACAACACCUGCACCGAAUGCAAGAACACGUUCUGCAACCUCUGUGGAUUCAACCCCAUGCCACAUGAAACAGAGGUAAGUAAACAGCUAUGAUUCAUCAAAGUAAUUUGGCUACUCUACCAUAAAUGUUGUGCUUUAUUAUAGAACAGUUGGUUAAGAAUACUAACUAUGCAUUGACAAUGUCUAUAGUUGCCAGUCAUGUCUUUCAUGGGAGUUGUAAGAUAGGAUAAGAAGAUGCUAUGAUGGAGCUCUUUUUACUACUACUACUAUUGGCUUUUUGUUUAUGAUCUUCCUGGACGCAAAUUGUAAUCUGACAGCAUUGUCUCUCGGUAUUUUGGCAAGGUUUUGACAUUCAUGUUCAUCUGCUACUGAUCACAUUUAUCAUACGUUGCAUGACUUUUGUCUGAAAGGGAUUGGAGUACAUAGUGCCUGCCAAUAUUCUACAGAAUAUGCACCAGACUAUGUCCUAUUAAAAUUAGGUUCACAAACAAUGAGAGGAGAAACAAUGAGGAUUGUAGGUCUAUGAACACAUUCACACUGUCUGUAGAUGUUAUCUAAUUUUAAAUCUUGAAGAAUUGUAUUAAUACAGUCUGAUAUCAAUUGUUCAUUUGAUUUAGCAUCUUCAGAUUUAGAAAAUUAUCGCAGUAGUGUUGCUACAUGUUUGUAACAUGUAGUAUGAAGCAUUUAAACAGCAACUAAGAUAAGAGCAUCUGUAAGUCCUCAGACUGCAAUACAAUUGUACAAGAUUGUUUUGUAAAAAAAAAAAAUCAACACUGUUAUUUUAUUUCAGGUAAAGGAAUGGCUGUGUCUGAACUGCCAGAUGCAGAGAGCACUUGGAGGAAUGGAACCCACAGGACCGCUGAUGAUUAAACCCCAACCCUUGCCCAGCAAAGUCUCCACACCUGUUGCAUCUCAAAAGCUGACCCCAGCACCAGCUAAACCCCAAAAUGAGGAGAUUCCAGUACCUGUGGCUGCCCAAAAAGAGAGAACUCCACCCACUGUACCUCAGGAGACACUAAUACCCGCUGGAACCCCAUCAACAGGUGCAGUCAAAAAGGAGGAGACCCCAGCACCAGGAUCCUCACAAAACAAACAGGCUCCACCUGCUGUGGCUGCAAAGGACAACCAGGAACCUAUAAUUGUUCAGAAACCAGUGGACCAAAUAAUUCCAGCGACACCUAAACCCAGUGUAGCUGCUACACCUGCACAGCAGCCAGAAAAGCAAACUCCUCCACUGCAACAGCCUGCUGCAAAGCCCCCACCACAAGUACAGCCCCAGCAAGUUCCAAAGCCAAACCCCAAAACUGAGCAGGAGCCUGGAAAGCCUCAACAACAGCUUCCAAAAGGUGGGACCUCUCCGGCCAAAGCUGUACUGCAACCACAGGCCCAGCCCCCAAAGCAGUCAGGGGUCUUCUUUGGCUUUGGUGGUCCUAAGUCUCAGCCUGCUGCCUCAAAGCCUGAAGGGUCAGUUUCUGGGAAGAUGUUUGGCUUUGGCUCCUCCAUCUUCAGCUCUGCAUCCACUUUGAUCACCUCAGCUGUUCAGGACGAGCCCCGCAACACACCGCCAGAUUCCCCCAAGGUGUCUGCACCGGCCUCUCACAAGAUGCCCCCUGCAAAGGAGACCAAACCACCUGCUGCUCAGAAAGCACAGAAGAAGAAAGCAGAGCAACCCCAGCAGGCGAAGGCCACCCCAUUAUUACAGGGCAAAGUUGACCAACCCCCAUUAGAACUUCCAAAGGGAGCAGCAUCUUCCCAACCAGCUCUCAAAGCAGGCCAGUCCACCUGUCCACUCUGCAAGGUGGAACUCAACAUGGGCUCCAAGGACUCUCCCAACUACAACACCUGCACCGAAUGCAAGAACACUGUCUGCAACCUCUGUGGAUUUAACCCCAUGCCACAUGAAACAGAGGUAAGACUGUGA